UGCGAGACUGGACGAGAACUAGACCCCUGUCGCGACCACAGCCAUCAUGUCCGCCGCUACUGACAAGGCUCGGUUCUUUCUGGAGAAAUCCAUUCCAGAGCUCAAGGAAUAUGAGCGCAAAAAGCUCUUCAAUAAAGAUGAAAUCUCCGCCAUCAUUAAGAAGAGAUCGGACUUCGAACACAAGCUUAAUGCUCGAGGAGCGCAGCCUGCGGACUUUGUACGAUAUGCGGAAUACGAAAUGAACCUGGAUAUCCUUCGGCGCAAAAGAGUGAAGCGACUAGGCAUCAAGGCGGCGGGACACUCUGGACAACGACGGAUCUUUUUCAUUCUGGAUCGGGCGACUCGCAAAUUCCAUGGUGACGUUGGGCUAUGGGUUCAGUACAUCGAGUAUGCGAGGCAACAAAAGUCCUUCAAAAAACUUGCCACCAUCUUCACCGACGCCCUUCGAUUCCACCCAACCAACGCCGAAUUAUGGAUAUACGCGGCGCAAUACAACGUCGAAGACCACGCAGACAUGACGCAAGCGCGAAGCUUCAUGCAGCGUGGAUUGAGAUUCUGCAAGAGCUCGAGGAAGCUCUGGGUCAAUUACGCCAAGUUGGAAUUGAUCUACACAGCUAAGCUCGUUGCUCGUCAACGUAUUUUGGGACUUGAUCAAGAACUCGAACAGUCCGAUCCCACACAGGAUGCUUCCGUGGAUGAUCCCGAUGCCGACAUGAUUGCACUACCCAAGAUCACCGGCGAAGACAUCAAUCCUAGCGAAGGAGGAGCUGACGGAGUGGACCCGGUGGCUUUGGAAACCCUGAACUCGACACCCGCUCUUAGCGGUGCUAUCCCUAUGGCCGUUUUCGACACUGCGAUGCGGAACUUUGAUAACGACGACAAAUUCGGCCACGAAUUCUACGAUAUGGCCUUCGAGUUCGAAGAUGUGCCAUGCAUUCCCAAGAUUCUGGAACACGUCGUUGCGGCGAUGCAAGAAUCCAAGCCCAACAGUCACCACACGCAAUUCUGCUAUAUCAAGCUGCCUACUGCUGGCUUCCGCGUCACUUCCCCCGAAUUCCCGCGUGCUCUGGGUACAUCCUUGACUCGCCUGAGGGACCACCGGGACCAGCCCAAGAUUGCCAGAGAGGUCAUCAACUGGCUGCAACCAUUGGAGAAGACGGAAGACCUCGACCCGUCCUUGCGGAUGGUCCUGGCUGCCACCAUUCAGAAGGCGGAGCAGGUUCUUCAGCAGUAGGGCGGUUUACUAGGCAUCUCAUCAAAAAAGGGCGUUCAUCGGGGGGGCACCAUCUUAUUAUUAAUGGACAGAAACAGAAGACUCCAAAGAGUCUUCGUGGGUAUAGACCAAGAAAAGUUAGCAUCUCAAAUCAUUCGUCAUAUUUACCACCACCCCGUCGGCUACUUUUUUUGCUGCUGUGCAGCUUUUUCGUCUUGAUUCUUGCCUCAUUUUCAGCCUUUUUUCUAUAUGUACAUGGUCAGCUUCGAGUUCCGUAGCAAAGUGAUUUACGUGUCGACGGUCGGAAAUGAAUGAAGGAUAUG